GCCACUCAUUAUGUAACCUGCCCGGUCACGAAUCUGCUCGGACACAGACAGUUAUAGUUUAGUCUGGAAAGUGAAAUAUUCACUUUGGUCUUUCUACGCUACGUUUGGCUAUGUUGAGUCUACAACUUUGCUCGUUUGGACCAGCCCUGCUCACGGUCGUCCUAGCUGCUUUUUCCCAGAAGUGCCAUGGAGGCACUGUCGACAAGUCCUUCGAGGUGAAAGCGGGCAAAGCGCGGAGACACCCGGAUCAGGUCCCAACUUUUGGAAGCCACUUACAAUUUCCAGGAAGUGACAGCCGAUAUGACAUUAACCUGUCUCAUGGUGUGCUAGAGGCAGAUGCGGUUCCUAAACCAUCUCAGCCAUUAGAGUCUCUGCCAGAGACAAUCGCUGAACUGCUGGACUAUAGCAUUCCCUUGAACCAUUUCCGGUGCGGGACCUGCGUCUGUGCCAAUGUGUCAAGGACCGCAACUCUAGCUGACUGCAAGUUUGAGCAUGUUGGUAGGACGUAUCACACAAUCCCUGACUGGCUUCCCACAGUGUCUCAAAGCAUUGACCUAUCUGGCAACAGCAUCCGACAACUGAAGUCACAGAACCUCUCUAUUUACCCAGCACUUCUGGCUUUAAAUUUGUCCAGCAAUUUAUUGUCAUCUAUCGAUGGGGCUCCUAUGACACUGUCCAACUACAAGAGUCCGCUGACCAUUUUGGACAUAUCGUUUAAUCAAGUGGAGAAGAUAACUGACAACGCUUUCCAACACUUCCCAAACCUCACACAUUUGUUUGCAGCACACAUGCGUGUCCCACGAUUCACAAACUUUACCUUUUCCGGCUUGCAAAAGCUAGAAGUUUUAGAUCUUUCUUACGGUAGACUGAGCCACAUCGAGACUGGUGCUUUUCGAUCGCUUGAACGUCUCUCUAUUCUUCGCCUAUCGCGUAACAUCGGGUGGUCAUACUAUAGAAUGACCCCCGACAUUUUCCGACCGCUCAGGCGACUCUUCAUACUGGACAUCGCUGGCGCUGGAAAUGGAAAAAACGUGCCCACUCAAGGUUUGUCUGUUCUACACAAUCUGACGGAACUUUACGUAGAUGGUAUCAAAACCCUCUACUUUGGUCCUGAAAUUAGAAACCUUUCUCAGCUCUCCUCUGUAUAUGUUGGCGGGAACGGUUUCUGCACCUUGCUAGCCAUUACACCAAAAAUGUUUGAAAACUUGAUCUAUCUUAAAAAACUUGCAAUAGUACGGUGUAAACUGUUCUCUAUAGACCCCAUCGCUUUGAGAUCAUUAAUGCAUUUAGAGGAGUUUGUGCUGUCCGAGCCAUCGGGUAUAACUAUUCGCCAGGCACUAGACCUAGUACCGUCGUUGAAUAACUCAACUUUGAAAUCUCUGUCAUUUGAAAGCUUUCAUUAUCAAGGGGGAUACAUCAUGUCAGUCAUAGGCUAUAACGAGUCUCGAUUAUUCCAGGGUUUGACCAAACUGGAAAUUUUGAAAAUGGAAGGGUUACAUCUGUUCUUCAUUGAACCUAGGUUUGUGGAACAUUUGCCCCAAAGCCUUAAGUACUUGAGUUUUAAAGCCAAUCGACUUCACUUUGUAAACCUUGUCAAGAGUUUGUUACGUGGAAAGAUCCGUGGAUUGGUGGAGUUUGACUUGAGUGAUCAGAUUAAUUUGUUUAAGCCUUCAGAUCCUCGCUUAUCUGGCAGACACAAGCAGAACACUACGCAGACUCUGGCCACAUAUGAUUUCAGUCCAAUCAGAAUGUGGCUCUCAGCUCAGAGAAUGGGUCACUUCUUGAGCACACACACCAGAACCACGCAUAAGGACUUAUCCCUGAGAUUACGAGCUGCAACAAAACAAUUUCUACAUUCCCUUCCGAUAUUUAGAGCCAACAACGCCUUCCAAUUUGGUGAGAAUAUUUUACGGUGGAAAGGUUAUCCCUUGAAAGAAAUCUAUUUUUCCAAUGGCUAUCUGGCCUCCUGGGGCACACUGCAGCUUCCGACUUCUACUGUAGUUGCUGACCUGUCCGAUAACAAAUGUGAGAUAAUCAGUAUGCGCUUUUUGCCUGCUCAAAACCAGUUGGCAGUUUUGAAUGCACAAAGAAACUAUUUGGGCGAUUCACUAGGGAGAGACACACAUGGGAAUACAUUUGCCCGCGCGUACAGUGUCACUUAUCUGGAUCUCUCGCACAACAGCAUUUAUAGAUUCCCUUAUAAUAUAUUCCAAAGCAUGAGCAAGGCCAAGGUUAUUGUCCUUGCAGACAAUCACCUGCAGGCUCUGGACAUCAAGUUGUCCCACAUGGCGUCACUCAGUUUUCUGGAUCUGCGAAGAAACUCAGUGUCUUGGAUAAGUAAACGUAGCCGCGAUGACCUUGACACGUUAGCGAUGAGUCAUACGGUGACCCUGGCACUUGAGAACAACCCCUUGUCGUGCACGUGUAAUGGGUUGGAGCUGUUGAGCUGGAUCGCCUUCACCCGGGUCCGAAUCUUGGACCAAGACUUUCUCAAGUGUCGCGACAAAGACCAGCGGAUCUCCCCAAUAGGCGAUAUCAAAACACGGUUUCAGGUGCUGCGACGUUCGUGUGUGUCCCACGCCUACAUCGUGUCCCUGAGUGCGUCAUCCGUGGGUGUGGCUCUCGUCAUUAUCACUUCCGCCCUCCUGGUCCGGAACCGGUGGCGGUUGUUUUACUGGAAGAAUAUCAUUCUUGCCAGGUACUACGGCAUGCGACAGCCGGACGAAAACAACGCCAACUACAAAUUUGACGCCUAUCUCGUGCACUCGCAGGAUGUUGAGGAUUUCGUCGUCACCGAGUGUUACCGUGAGCUUGAGGGCAGAGGGCAUAAAGUGUGCAUUGAGGCAAAAGACUUUCUGCCUGGCUCCUUCAUCCCCUGCAAUAUCGUGAGCGCCGUACAGAGCAGCACCUUCACCGUCUUCAUCCUGUCCGCAGGCUACCGGGACAACGAGUGGUUUGAGUACUCUCUGCAGAUGGCGCUCAUGGAGGAGGCCACGUCUCGUCGUCAGGUUCUCCAUCUCUUCUUGUAUGAGCCGAUGCAGGACGCCCAGUUGUCACGUGACCUUCUGCGGUUGAUGCGGAAAGACGCUUACAGCGAGUUUCCUCCCCCUGACAGCGAGCCAGAAGUGAGUAAAGUCUUCUGGGAUACCUUCUCCAGAUUCAUUGGACAUACACAUAAUCCUGAGCGAUUCCCAAGACUGGAACUUGGGAUCUGAGGACAAUUUUCCAAGGAGAUUGGGACAUCCAAAUAGCCCAAAGUCGAUAUCUACAUGCAUAACCAGAACCCAAAAUCACAGUGUAAAUCUUAAUGCGCAUUACCUGCUAACUGAAUGCAGGUAACUGACAUCGUCACCGAUUUUCUGUGAUAUUGGUUUGUGAUUAAUUAAUUGAUUAGUUUUGUUUUCAAUUUUUUUUCAGGGGUGGGAAUAGGAAGUGCAUUCAAUUGUCAAAUCGCCAAAUGAAAAUGGCCCGUGAUUCUCUAGGAGUCCAGCAUGACCAGGCUGUGGCGUGACCAUUGUUUGCUACACUCUGACAUUUUCUUAACUAACCAUAAAAUCCAUUAUGUGAUAAAAAAAAACUUGUGCAAAAAAGGUGUAAUUUUGAUUCGUUCGGUCGAAAAGCUAGUUUAUCGAUUGUUUCCAUUGUCUGUUGAUGUUUAUUGGUAGUUAUUUGGGCUUCACGCCCUGUUCAACAUUGUAAGGUUAAACAAGAAGUGCAACCUCCGAAUGUACAGUCCAUCUCCGAUCAGUCCGAGCCAAAUGAUCAGCUGUCCCAUAAUUUAUCUAAAUUGUAACAAUCGGGCUUGAAACACCUACAAUAAUACAAAUGGGUAGAGAGCCUUGAGAAUUCACUAGCUCAAAAAUGUCCAACAUGAGAUUCGAACCUUGUUCAUUGACAAAAGUGCUUUUCCUUAAUAAUUUAAGUUCAAUGGAUGUAGCAUAAAACAUUUACAAGAACCAUCAGCUGCCUCACUGGACUAAGAGGUUUGCUAUCUCGUUCAUUGCUGAGGGCUACAGUGAAGAACUCUCCUUCCAUACUGGGCAAUUCUAUCGAUUACGUAGCUUGGCCUGUUUAAUAAAUUAAUGAUAAGAAAGCUAAUAGAAUCAUUUUUGUGCAGUUGUUGUUGUUGUUGUUGUUGUUGUUGUUGUUGUUGUUGUUGUUGUUGUUAUUGAUGAUGACGUCUUUCUAAAUAAAUUGACUAGAAAUCUAGUAAUGUAAAUCGA